AGGGUUAUCAGCAGAAAAAGGGUUUAACGAUGGCAGGGUGCCUAGGAGGAGACGGGGGGGAGACCAUCAAAUCCAUCUUCCUCAAGGAGUUCCGGGCUGGGAUUUUAAAGGGCAUUGUGAAGGGUGAGGGGCUGGAAAAUUGGGGUCAUCGACAGGUCAGGGUAAGGGGGAUGAAAUCCUCAGGAUAUGGAAACUGCAGUCCUCAUUGAGUCUUGCUUCUGUGGGCUCCUUCAGAACAACUGGUGUCAGUAAUUAUGCUGGGUCUACGUGAUUCUAGGACAGACGAUGGGCACCUAUCAUAGCUGAUAUGCAGAGCUACGAGCAAGCAGGUCGGAGAGUAAGGUGACCUAGUGAUGAACGCUGAGUGUACUGCAAGCUUCGUUUAUUUUCGUUUUUCCCCCUCCCUUCUUCCCUGAUUAAUUUCCUAAAGUUUAUAGGAGCAGUUUCAGUACCAGCCCGAGUAGAAUGGAAUCAAACACGGUGCUGGAACAUUCCUACCCGGAAGUGGCCCCGACCCCCCCCCCCGCUUCCUCCCGGCCUCCCACGCACGGGGGCGGGCUGAUCGGCGCGACCGGAUUGGGCAACUUGGCAUGGGGCGGGGACUCUGGGAGGCGUGGCCUCCGGCCGGCUCCUCUGCUGUUGCCAAGGGAAACUGCCGCGAGAAGGCGGAAGGAGCAGAGGACCGGCAGCCGGCGUCGAGGCGGAGCGCGGGAACGGCGGCGGCCAUGGCGGCCUCGGGGCCCGGGUGUCGCAGCUGGUGCUUGUGUCCCGAGGUGCCAUCCGCCACCUUCUUCACUGCGCUGCUCUCGCUGCUGGUUUCCGGGCCUCGCCUGUUCCUGCUGCAGCCGCCCCUGGCGCCCUCCGGACUCACGCUGAAGUCCGAGGCCCUUCGCAACUGGCAAGUUUACAGGCUGGUAACCUACAUCUUUGUCUACGAGAAUCCCAUCUCCCUGCUCUGCGGCGCUAUCAUCAUCUGGCGCUUUGCUGGCAAUUUCGAGAGAACCGUGGGCACCGUCCGCCACUGCUUCUUCACCGUGAUCUUCGCCAUCUUCUCCGCUAUCAUCUUCCUGUCAUUCGAGGCUGUGUCAUCACUGUCGAAGCUGGGGGAAGUGGAGGAUGCCAGAGGUUUCACCCCAGUGGCCUUUGCCAUGCUGGGAGUCACCACCGUCCGUUCUCGGAUGAGGCGGGCCCUGGUGUUUGGCAUGGUUGUGCCCUCAGUCCUGGUUCCGUGGCUCCUGCUGGGUGCCUCAUGGCUCAUUCCCCAGACCUCUUUCCUCAGUAAUGUCUGCGGGCUGUCCAUCGGGCUGGCCUAUGGCCUCACCUACUGCUAUUCCAUCGACCUCUCAGAGCGAGUGGCGCUGAAGCUCGAUCAGACCUUCCCCUUCAGCCUGAUGAGGAGGAUAUCCGUGUUCAAGUAUGUCUCAGGGUCUUCAGCCGAAAGGAGGGCAGCCCAGAGCCGGAAGCUGAACCCGGUGCCUGGCUCCUACCCCACACAGAGCUGCCACCCUCACCUGUCCCCAAGCCACCCUGUGUCCCAGACGCAGCACGCCAGUGGUCAGAAGCUGGCCUCCUGGCCCUCCUGCACCCCCGGGCACAUGCCCACCUUGCCUCCGUACCAGCCUGCCUCCGGCCUGUGCUAUGUGCAGAACCACUUUGGUCCAAACCCCACCUCCUCCAGUGUCUACCCAGCUUCUGCGGGCACCUCCCUGGGCAUCCAGCCCCCCACGCCUGUGAACAGCCCUGGCACGGUGUAUUCUGGGGUCUUGGGCACACCAGGGGCUGCAGGCUCCAAGGAGUCCUCCAGGGUCCCCAUGCCCUGAGAGAAUUUCUAGGGAAGUCAUCUCACCUGGCCGUCUGAAGGUCCUCCCUAAGAUUCUCCUGACAAAAGUUAUUUAUUGAACACCUCUAUGUGCCAGGCUCUGUGUUGGGUACUUUGAUCAGUGUCCCUGUUUCAGUCUCAUCUGUACUCACGGCAGCCCUGUGGAGUACGGUGUACUGGCCCAGCUUACAGAUGCAGAAAGCGAGAUGUUCUGCCAUUAAAUAAAGUCACGUGGCUCUUUAGUAACACAGACAAGGCUCCUCGCCAAGGAACUCGUGGCAGAAGAGGGCAGCAGUUGGCAGUGGCUGCCGAUGUCUGUCCCCAGCUCCACCAUUCCUCCCUGUGGCUGUGCCGUGCUCGUGGUUACAGUGUCUGUGUGUCCAUGUGUCUGCCCUUCAGGAGCUUGCAGCUGGUGUGCCUGGCGGUCCCAGGCCUGUGUAGUGUCUCUCCCCUCCCGUGGGCGCCCCCGCCCCAAUUCCUCUCCCCAGAAGCGGUGGGAUGGGCCCCCGUGAACUGCAGCAGCAUGCUGAGGGGUCCAUGUUGUCUGCCUUUGUAUAAAGAAACAGCCUCUGACCUGC